GAGUGAGUGUGUGAUCGCUUGCUUUCAUGCGUGAGUGAGAAAAUUGCUUUCCUUCAAGUGACUUCAGAUGAGAAUCUCAAGCGAGAAAAAAAGCAAUAUUUGAUAUGGCAUAGGACAGAAAAAAAAUAGAUUGUGCAAUCAAAACCAGUGCGUACUUCCUUGCGGUAGGCGGGGCAUGAGGAGUAUAUGCGGAAUUGUGCUCCAGGUGUGCGUCUUGUCCCAGGACCAUACAGAAAGUUCACAUGGAGUUUCUGAAAUUGCUCCAUACAUCAACACGUGCACAGAACAUAACUGGACCGCAUGUAGCCUAGUGCCACAGACAACAUCAAAGACAGCCAGUGUUGUGUCUGGGAAUCAAGACUUUAGUUAUCUGGAGACACGGCAUUAUACGCACUCAGCUCCUGCUGAUCACCAGAAUGUUCAGGAGGAUAUGUUCUCGUGGUUGUAGGUAACAGGCAGUAGCAGUGGAGAUGGUCCCCUGGGCCAACUUCCUGGUGACAUGCAUAUGGAUACAGACCCUCAAAGCCUCAGGACUGGACACCUGUCCCAGGACCCCUCGCAAGGAGGUGGAUUUCACCAUUAACUACUCAAUACCCCACUUCCAGACAGCCAAACCCAUCCAGAACAUAGUGGUUAACCUGUACAUGCCUGAGGUUUAUGUGGCUUCUCAGAAUGUGAUUGAGGCAGUGAGUGGAGAGCUCAGUAAGUUAUGGGAGCUGAGGACAGGCCCAGUAGGCAGCCCGGAGUGUCAGACCUGUGGCCUGUGUGACAUCGAGGCCGAUCUUGAGGACUCAGUAGACACGGAUAAUGAGGUCCUGCUCUUGGACCCAUCACCUUAUCUUAACUCUCUGUACUCCUGUGGGAGCUCUCAGCAUGGGAUCUGUCAUUUACAUGAACUUAGCUCUAAUGAUACACCACCUAAAUCUGAAUGUCUCUUCAGGAAGGAUGCUAACUCUCCGUCCCUUUGCCCUGACUGCCUGGCCAGCCCCCUGGGCACUGAGGUCAUCAUCGUGGAGCAAGGCUACACAGCCUACUUCUUUGUAGCGGCUACACUCAAUGAGCGUGUGGCACAGAGGUACGGCAGACCGUCCUUAUCGGUGCGCCGGCCACUGUCGACCCUGGAUGGCUUUGAGAUGGUCAUGCAGGGUCUGACUGUGCUCCCUAAACUACAGAACUCCUACCAGAUCGACUACAUCUACAGCUUCUCCACACAGGACUAUGUCUACUUCCUGUCUGUCCAGAGGGAGAACCUCCUGGACUCAUAUCAGACUCGGUUGGGCCGUCUCCCGGUGAAGGACACGGAAGCGUGGCUGUACCGUGAGGUGGUGCUGGAGUGUCGCUUUGAGCCCAAACGCAGGCGGAGGAGGAGGGGGGGGAACAAUAUUUUCCAGGAUGUGGUGUAUAACGGGCUGCAGGCGGCCCACUUCAGCCGGGCAGGGAAGGAGCUGGCAGAGGAGCUGGGGGUGGGGGAGAAGGAUGACAUCCUCUAUGGAGUGUUUGCAGUGACAGAUGGCUCUGGGAAGCCCUACAGUAACUCAGCCAUGUGUGCCUUCCCCAUGCCCAACGUGAACAGGGCCAUCGACCGGGGAGCGGAGGACUGCUGCAGGUCCAGCACAGAGCAGCUCUCCAGGGGGCUCUGCCACUUCCAGCUCUGCGAGAGCUGCCCUCAUGAGAGCUCCGACAACAACGCUACAUGCAUGGCCAAGUCCACCCUGGUGUCUAAGCCAUACUACAGGUUGGACCUCUUCAACAGGUACAUGAACAACAUCCUGCUCACCUCAGUACUGGUCACCAUCAUCGGGAACAACACUGUGGCACACAUUGGCACCAAGGACGGCAGGCUGUUGCAGCUCAUCCUGAGGAGGUCAAAUCCCAUCAUCUUUGCCAACUAUUCUCUGGGAGAGGACAAUGAGGUGUCCAGGAAAGCUGCUGUGCAAUCUAACGAGUCCUUGCUUUUUGUGGUUGGAAAUAAGAUGUUCAGUGUGUCUCCUAAAGGACCAGGAUGUAAACACUUCCUGACCUGCUCCACGUGUCUGAUGGCGCCUAGGUUCAUAGGGUGUGGCUGGUGUUCGGGGGUGUGCUCCAGGCAGAAGGAAUGCCUCAUACAGUGGAAGAGUGAGUCCUGUCCUCCCGUCAUCACAAAGUUUUUCCCAAAGACGGCUCCCCCUGAUGGUGAGACAGAGCUAAGGCUGUGUGGCUGGGAGUUCCAGUCUCCUCUACGACCAGCCAUCAUCAGCGAGGAGACCCACCUGGUGCGAGUGGGAGCGACUCCCUGCACUGUGCUGUCAGAGAAGAGCAAUAGUACACAGCUGGUGUGUAGCAUUCACCCUAAGGUUCCGGGUCCAUCCCAGGAUCUCAACAUCACCGUGGCAGUGCAUGAGGGGAAGGUGGAGGGACGCUACUCAGUUGAAGGCCAGGACCAAAUGAUAGGGUUCACUUUUGUGGAGCCAAGUAUCACAGAAAUCACUCCUGACUACGGGCCUCAAAUAGGGGGAACCUUGGUCACAGUGACAGGGCCUCACUUGAAUGCUGGGAUGAUAAAGACUGUGUCUAUAGGAGACCAGGACUGCCCCAUCAAGAGUGUCACUGAGGGUACUGGGACCAUGUCCUCCAUAGUCUGCCUGUCCAAAGGGUUGGCAGUGGUGAAGAAGGUGCCUGUCAGGGUUUUCAUUGACAAAUCACAAGUGGCUACUACCAAGAUGUUUCACUACAAGAAGAACCCUGUGAUCACUGUGAUACAGCCAGUCUGCAGCUUCAGAAGUGGAUCCAAAAUCAUCAUCAAAGGCAGUAAUCUGGACUCUGCGUACAACACUGUGAUCCGCUACAAAUCCCACAACCCCUCACAGAAGCUUCUGCAGCGUGUCUGCAACGGCACAGCAACCCCCACACAUAUGGAGUGCCUAGCCCCUGUUUUCCCCAGGAAUGAGACCGACAAGGGCAUCAUCACUAUCAACAUGGACGGGGCCAACAAACUUGUGGUGAAGCGCUUUGAAUACCAACCAGACGCCAGCAUCACCCCCUUUGAGUACGAAGGCAAUGUACUGAGCCUGAGCCCUGGACAGACUGAGGUUUCCCUGCAUCACAACAAGCUGAGCAUGGUGAGUCCCUGUAUGGAGAUUACAAUGAGCAUUGGAGGUGUGGACUGUGGUGUCCAGGUACUGGACAACAAACUGACCUGCAGGAUCCCCAAGAAUCUCAUCAUCCCCAGUGAAGGGUCACCUGUCAGGGUGUCUGUGAAUGGGCAUGCCUAUGAGGUGGGCACUGUGGUCUUCUUCAGCAACACUGUCAACACAGUGGGUGUGGUGAUGGGGAUCUUUGCUGCAUUGUGCGUUGGCGCUGCCCUGACUUUCAUCGCCAUGAAACAUAUGAGGAGGAAAAAGAAAGAAAUUUCAGCCAAUGUAGAGACUCGUUUAGCAAGGAUGUCCGUCCGCAGAAGAAUAAGCAGCAACCCUGACCUAUCCCCCACAGGUGACUAUAGACGAGACCUGUCCUCCCAGCCGAGCCAGACGACAGGCUCAGGAGGGAUAAUCUUCCAUGGCCUGGUCUACACUGCCACCUUUGACCCCUUGGCCGUGCCUCUGAUCACAGUGGACACCCUGAAACCUGAGCUCCUGGAGGAGGUCAGAGACGUCCUGAUCCCAGCCGACACUGUCAACAUUCACCGCAACCAGAUCAUUGGCAAAGGUAAUUUUGGGACUGUGUACCAUGGCUACCUAACAGACAACAAGAACCAAGAACAGUUAAUCCACUGUGCUGUUAAAGCAUUGAACAGGAUCACGGCCCUGGAGGAGGUGGAGCAGUUCCUGAGAGAGGGCAUCCUGAUGAAGGAGUUUCACCACAACAACGUUCUGUCCCUGCUGGGCAUUCUUCUGCCUCAGGAGGGGCUCCCCCUGGUGGUGCUGCCCUAUAUGAAAUAUGGAGACCUGCGCCACUUUAUACGCUGUGAAAGGAGGAACCCAACAGUGAAAGACCUGAUUGGCUUUGGGCUGCAAGUUGCCAAAGGGAUGGAGUACCUGGCCCAGAAGAAGUUUGUACACAGAGACCUGGCAGCUAGGAAUUGCAUGCUUGAUGAAACGUUUACGGUGAAGGUGGCAGACUUCGGCAUGGCCAGAGAUGUGUUUGACAAGGAGUACUACAGCAUCCAGAACCACAAGAAGGCCAAGCUGCCAGUCAAGUGGAUGGCCAUAGAGAGCCUGCAGACACAGAAGUUCACCACUAAGUCAGAUGUGUGGUCAUUUGGGGUCCUGAUGUGGGAGCUGUUGACCAGAGGAGCUAGCCCCUAUCCUGAAGUGGACCCCUAUGACAUCACUGAAUUCCUGUUGAAGGGGCGCAGGCUUCCCCAGCCACAGUUCUGCCCUGAUGCCCUGUACUCAAUCAUGCUGGAGUGCUGGAACCCGGAGCCGGAGCUCAGGCCUGAUUUCCACACGCUGGACCAGGAGGUGCUGGAGAUCUGGUCCUGCCUGGAGGGAGAGCACUACAUCAGCCUUAAGGUAACCUACGUCAACCUGGACCAGCCACGGCCCUACCCCGCCCCGACCGCCUCCGCUGACAAGGCUGAAGCCUCUUCUGGAUCAGAGUCAGACAGCGUUAUGUCCAACUGACUGGACCACACCAGAACUGACUGGACCAGACAGACCAGAACUGACCAGACCAGGACAGGGACAGUAGAGAGAGGUCAGAGGGCACGGAUGAAAGGCUUCUCCUUUUCCUAUCCACGCAGUAUGCAGAAAGAAUCUUGCAGUUCUGUUACUUGAGACUGGAUUGGGAAGGAAUAGAACAUUGACUAUUGACUAAAUUUGUCCAAUUGUGUGAGCAAUGACACUGAAUUUCAAUGGAGUUUCCCCCACCUUGUGAGUACACAAAUUAUGACUAUAUCAUAUUUUUGUGUACUUUUAAUGUUUUUUUAAAGGUAGGUUUUCAGUUGGAGAAAUUGCAUUUAUGGGACACCAAGUGAACCCUCUCCAUGUCUGAAGCACAGCUGUAAAUAUGAACAAAUGAAUGUAAAUGUCUGAAAUGUGGAUAUGUUAUGCUAAUUAAUGACUAUGAUUUAAGCUUGACAUUAAUAUGUUUAAUAGGAUGGAUAUAAUGUCAGAUUUGGCUAACUUUUUUGCUAUGGUUGCGUUUACACACUGAUAUUUUUGUCACUAUUGGUCUUUCGACCGAUCAGAAUUGUGCUGCAUGUGUAAACGCAGUAUUCGAGAUGGUCAUUUGUGUUGAUGAUCAUUUGAUUUAUGGUAUGAAAUAUGUGAACUGGUCAACUUUUCUGCAUUUACACAGGCACCCCAAUCCUAAUAUUUUUUUCCACUAACUAAUUGGUCUUUUGGCCAAACAGAUCUGUAAAAGAUCUGAUGUGAAAAGAUCUGAUGUGAAAAGAUCUGAUGUGAUUGUCAAAAAAACGAAUUAGCAGCGGGAAAAAUCUGAAUUGGACUGCCUGUCAACUCAGCCCUUGAGAUUCACAAGGACACACUUUUGAGAGGAUAGUUCAGUUAUCCAUCCUUGUGAAUAGGUCCGCUUUAAAUUGCCCUUCCUCUUCAGAGAAAAUCACAAUAGGAAUACUAAUUGAUACUCAGGGAGUCAACAUAUACAUUUGUCUGGUUUGAGAAAUAAACCUGUCUUUUAUUAAAGGGAAAGUCUGGGAUGCUGCAUCCAUUUUUGGACUUCUAAAUGAAUGAUACUGUAUAUACCCAUUGAUUCUUAAAAAAUACAACUUAGAACUGCCUCAUGAGCUUAGUUCAACUGUCGCACCCCAUCAGAACCAUAAAUAUAAGCUUGUUUUACUCCAUUGUUUGUAAACAAACACUGUAUAGCCUCAAAACAUGGUUAAAACUAUACUUUUGAUAUCAUGGAUGGUCAGUCCUUGUAUUCAUAGCUUUGUUAGUGGUUAAAAUUCUCCAGCCCCAUCCCUCAGCUGUUUACCAAAACAAGUAGGGGGUGGCUGCUUUGAUGUUGUUUGAACUGCGGAUUGCCCAUUUAACUCUGAGCUGAAGUAUGCCCCUACUGCUUGUCAGUCUUUGAAUCCAUCACUAGAGGUCAGUAAAAACCUUUGUCAUGAGUACUUUUGCUGCAGUAUUCUGCACAUCAGACCAAGGUACACGCCAGACCUUUGUUACAAUAAUCUAUGUUUCACACUACAAUGCUUAAAGGAGAUAAGAGGGAUGUUUACUUUGCAUAAGGACAUGGUUAUGAUUGGCACUGGCAGACUGUAGUCUGUACUGAAAUCUCAGGACACCCUAUAGCCUUAGUUCUCUUGUUUAUUUCAGUCACUAGAUGUGUAAUCACCUCCAACUGUGUUUAUCUUGGAUUGUUUUAGUGACAUCAAUCAGAAAACACAAGUCUACGUUUGUAUCAACAUGAAGAAAGUAAAACAUUAGAUUUAACACAGCCAAUCAGAUGACUGGUUUCUGUACAGUAGCCAUGAAUACAGGUGUUCAUGAGAUAUGUGUUUUGGGUUAUUGCUUAUACUGAAGGGUUUGAAGUAUUUCACAGACUUCUGGGAUCUCUUUCCUCUGAGCCUCCCACAGAGCAGAGCUGGAGAUACUCUCACUGCAGAGAUGAUAAUAAGUUUACCUGUCAUAAACACCAGCACACUGUGGAGCUAUUGUAAAGAGCAGCCUCUUAAUGUGCUAUGUGUGUUUGUGUGUUAGAGUGUUUAUGUUUAUGUUAACCUUUUCAAUUGGGCACUCUUGAAAGCUUGCUCAGUGUUCUUCGAAAAGGAAAAGGUUGACAACCUGCGCUGUACACCAUAUUACAGUUUCAUAUUUUGACAGAAUGCAACAAUAGGUUAACUUUGGUAUGAAGAGGCUUUUAUGUAAACAGUUCCACAUAAUGUUCCACCGUGUUGUAGGCUACAGUUUUGAAAUGUGCUUUUCUACAUGGUCCUUGAGACAAGUAUUUUGUAAUUCAAUCUGGGAAUGGCGAUCAGAGAAAUGCUGUUAAUGCUAUAAUGGUUGAUGUACUAACUUCAAUUUCCUGUUUGAUUUACCAGGCUCCCCAUCAGCUGAUGCCAAUGGUGAGAGCUACUCUUACUGGGGUUCGACACAUAAUGGAAAAGACAUUACAGACAAAAUACUUUGCAAUUUACAUACAUUUAAAAAACAUGAACAUGUAGUGUGUGUGUGUGUGUGUGCAUCUAUCAGUUACACAUACGUGUCAGUACAUACAACAAGUAGGUCGCAUGCAGGAGAGGCGUUGUGCCAUGAGGUGUUGCUUUAUUUGUUUUUUGAAACCAGGUUUGCUGUUCACUUGUGCUAUAUAAGAUGGAAGGGAGUUCCAUGCACUCAUGACUGUAUAAUACUGUACACUUCCUUGAAUCUAUUCUGGACCUGGGGACUGUCAAUAGACCCCUGGUGACAUGUCUGGUAGUGUAAGCGUGUGUGUUAGUGCUGUGUGUAAGUUGACUAUGCAAACAAUUUGGAUUUUCCAACACGUGAAUGUUUCUUAUAAAAACAAGAAGUGACAAAAUCAAUCUUUCUUCAACUCUUAGCGAAGAGAGACUGACAUGUAUAGUAUUAAUAUUAGCACUCUGAUUACAAUGAAGAGCAAGACGCGCCGCUCUGUUCUGGGCCAACUACAGCUUAACAAGUUUUUUCUUUGCAGCACAUGACCAUAUGACUGGACAAUAAUCAAGAUAAGAUCAAACUAGAGCCUGCAGGACUUGCUUUGUGGAGUGUGGUGUCAAAAAAGCAGAGCAUCUCUUUAUUACAGACAGACCUCUCCACAUCUUUACAACCAUUGAAUCUAUAUGUUUUGACCAUGACAGUUUACAAUCUAAGGUAACACCAAGUCAUUUAGUCUCCUCAACUUGUUCAACAGCCACACCAUUCAUUACCAGAUUCAGCUGAGGUCUAGAGUUAGGGAAUGAUUUGUACAAAAUACAAUGCUCUGAGUUUUAGAGAUGUUCAUGACCAGUUUAUUACUGAACACCUGUUCCAAAACAGACUGCAACUCUGUUAAGGGUUUCAGUGACUUCAUUAGCUGUGGUUGCUGAUGUGUAUAUGGUUGAAUCAUAAGCAUACAAGGACACACAUGUUUUGUUUAAUGCCACUGGCAGGUCAUUGGUAAAAAUAGAAAAGAGUAGAGGGCCUAGAGAGCUGACCUACGGUACACCACACUUUACAUGUUUGAUAUUUAUUAGAGAAGCUUCCAUUAAAGAAAAUCCUCUUAGUUCUAUUCCUAGCUCUGAAUCCACAAUAUGGUUGAAAAGCCAUAACACAUACAUUCUCUCAACAACAGGUUAUGGUCAAUAAUAUCAAAGGCUGGAGGGAGAAUCUAACAGUACAACUCCCACAAUCUUCUUAUUUUCAAUUUCUUUCAACCAAUCAAUCAUUAGUCAUUUGUGUCAGUGCAGUAGUACAUGUUGAGUGCCCUUUUCUAUAAGCAUGCUGAAAGUCUGUUAUUUUGUUUACAGAGAAAUAGCAUUGUACUUGGUCAAACUAUUUUUUCCAACAGUUUGCUAAGAGCUGGCAGCAAGCUGAUAGGUCUGCUGUUAGAACCAGUAAAGGCUGUUUUAUCACUCUUGGGUAGCGGAAUGGCCUUGGCUUCCCUCCAGGCCUGAAGACAAAUACUUUCUCUAGACUCCGAUUAAAGAUAUGACAGAUAGGAGUGGCUAUAGAGUCAGAUACCAUCCUCAGUAGCUUUCCAUCUAAGUUGUCAAUGCCAGGAGGUUUUGUCAUUAUUGAUCGAUAACAAUAAUUUCCCCACCUCUCCCACACUGUCCUGUCAACCAGCCAAGAAAAGGCAUUUGUACUCACGGAAUGGUGAUGCAGAGCUACUUUCCAUCAGUCCUGCAAUGCUUUUUCUUCAGUGUUGUUGUUCUUUGGGAGUAGCUAACUGUAGCACAAGCAGGUUAGUCUGCAGGUGAGGGACUCUUCAAAGGUUGGAUGGUUGGAAGGGUGAGAGGGAGGGAGUAGCGCGUGGAUGGUGGACUGAGCUGGGCUUGAAGUGAGUCUUCCUCAGAGCCUUCUCUGCACGUCCACUCUGCAGGUGGAGAAGAAGAAAGGAACACUGUCAGGGGCUUUCUGUUCUGACAGUCUCUAUCCAGCCACCUGCACCAUCCUUGGAUUCAGGAUCAUUAAUACUCAACAUCAAUAAUUUACUGUGUUAAAGAUGAGAUAUUUCCUCUAUUCCUUCCCUGCGGGUAUUGUCAAGGGGUUCACAACGACAAGCUAAGUUCAGACAUGAUCCAGAAGUGCGAGCUAAGAAUGUAGCAUUGCUUAAAGCUAUUGAUUUAACAGCAUGUUACAUGAAUGAAUGGGGUUUUGCUAUAAAGAGGUCAUCUAAUAGGGUCUAAAAGAAGGGGAAGGAGGGAAUUGAAUGCUAUGUAAUUGUAAAUUAUCCUAAUGCUCUCCCUUCUGUUAGGAUCAGUAGGCUUUCUGCAGUCUGCAGCCCCAGAGGGCCUCAGGACUCACGUGGUCCCCUGUAAUACACUUCUGCUGAGUCCCUCUUUUUCACCAUACUUAAAGAGGACCUACUGUACAAAUAAAUAAAAGCAAAUCAUUUAUUUAUUAUUUUUUUUGUUUUGCAUAUUGGACCUCCAAGAAACAAAAGUGUCACUUGCCACAUCAUCAUGAUGAUGUGUUUUAGAUCAUAGGAUGGUGGCAAGUGACAUUUUGCUUCUUGAAAAUCAAAUAUCUUAACUUGACUGCAGACAUGCAACAGACUUUGGGACUGAAUCAACAAUGGACCAAUGAAGAAAAUACCCCAAAAUCGUUUUUGAUUGGAUUUUUCCUUUAAGACAAAGAUAAUCAUUAUUUCAGUUCAUCUUUAUUUAAAUAAAUAAGGGUUCAUGUCAAUCUUUGAGAGUAUACUCUAUUCAUUGUCUGUCUGUGUAUUCUGUUUACAUGCAAAUGUAUUUGGCAAAUAAAGGUGAUUUUGAUUCUGA